CUGCAGACAGACUUCUCCUGGACUGUCAGUCACUUCUCCAAUAACAGCAGCUUACAGCUCAGUGAAAAAAAAAUGGGAAAAGUUCAUCACAGCGAUCCCAAAGAAAAGAAAACUGAGUUCAGUCUAGUAAAGGUCAAAGGUACAUGGAAGAGCAAACCGGAGGAAAAGAUCAAUAAUGACACAGUUGAGUGUGUCUCUGCUGCAAAAAUUUAUGAAAGCAUCACAAAGAAAGGAACCUCUUGGACCGUGGUCACCCCCAUCACUUUUACUUACAAGGUAACUGAGACUCAUGGCCUUCUCGACCCAAGCAAUGAUACCCUUCUGUUGGGUCAUAUCACUGACCCUCAGCAACUGGAGGACAUUAAAAAAUCAAACAAACCUACAAGGCGAUUUGUGGUCAUUGACCAGGAGGUCUUUAAAAUCUACGGCUCCAAGGUGACUGAAUAUUUAGAGGCAAAUGAUGUGGUCUACAAGAUUUUGGCACUUCCAACCACAGAGGAGAACAAAUCCAUGGAAACUGCCUUGAAGAUACUAGAUGAGGUCAAUGACUUUGCCCUUGAUCGCCGCACUGAGCCUAUUAUUGCCAUAGGGGGAGGAGUGUGUCUAGACAUAGUGGGCUUGGCAGCAUCCCUCUACAGGAGGCGCACUCCUUACAUCAGGGUCCCCACUACACUCCUUUCCUACGUUGAUGCCAGCGUAGGGGCAAAAACAGGGGUUAACUUUGCAAACUGCAAGAAUAAGCUGGGAGCUUAUAUUCCACCGGCUGCUGCUUUCCUUGAUAUGUCUUUCUUACAAAGUGUUCCAAGACGACACAUUUCAAAUGGGCUGGCAGAGAUGUUAAAGAUGGCUUUGAUGAAGCACAAAGGUCUUUUUGAGCUUCUUGAGGAACAUGGUUGUAUGUUGUUAGAUACUAAAUUCCAGGCUGACAAUACAGUGUAUGGGCACAGCAGCAAGAAGGCAGCCUCUCAGGCUACUCACAUGGCGAUCACAACCAUGCUAGAGGAGCUAGCCCCAAACCUUUGGGAGGAUGACUUGAACAGGCUUGUGGACUUUGGACACCUUUUAAGUCCUGCAUUAGAAAUGAAAGUUCUUCCAUCUUUGCUGCAUGGCGAGGCAGUGAACAUCGAUAUGUCUUACAUGGUUUACGUGUCCCAAGAGAUUGGCCUAUUGACGGAGGAAGAGAAGCAAAGGAUCAUCAGCUGCAUGGUGGGCCUGGAGCUCCCCGUCUGGCACGAAGAGUUCACAAUGGAGCUGAUAGAGAAAUCGCUGCAGGACAGACUGAAACAUUCUGGCGGUUUAGUCAGAAUGCCCCUACCGGUUGGUUUGGGACAAGCAGAAAUUUUUAACAACACAUCAUAUGACAUCCUACACAGGGCGUUUGUGAAGUGGUGUGAAGAACUGAGUGUCUCAUCUGACAGCAACUGCGACCCUUUAUUUCCACAUCCAACAGAAGCUUUAGAGUGAACUUUCCAAUAAAUGUGUUCAUAUUUAGGAAUCCGUAUCUGGUAUUAGGUAGUUUGGUGCUGCAUGUUCACAUCGGUGGGGAAAUGGUUGUAGUUGUAGGAUUAGCUGGUAUAAAACAGCACCCAAUAAGCCACAAGAGCAAAAACCUGGGCAGCUGCGUUGACAGAGUCAGUAUUUUUACAAAAAGCGUCAAUCUUUUGUAUGAGUACAUAUUUCUGAUUUCUCUGUGAAUGGUGACUCAGACUGACUUAGUGUUUUACAUUUCUCACAAAGAGAACAUCUGUUUAUUGUUGGUAAACUUUUUUUUUAUGAUCAUGUAAAUAUAACAGAACAAAAAGGUGUAUAAUCUGUGUCUUGCCCGUUUUAAAGAUCUGUACUGAUGGUUAUACAGUUGGGGGGUUCUUUUAGUUCCAUUCAGUUUGUUUAUAGCACCAAUUCAGAAUAAGUCAUGCAAAGCAAUAAAACCAUGACAAUUUUAUAUUAAAGAUCAAGUUCACUAAUACUUUAA